AUGGCUGCCUCUUUAUUCUCAGCCUUAGCUGGUGGAGUCAGUGGAAGUUCUGUCACUGGAUCUGGUUUCAGUGUCUCAGACCUUGUUCCACCACGGAAAGUCCUUUUCACCUACCCAAAAGGAGCUGGAGAGAUGUUAGAAGAUGGCUCUGAGAGAUUCCUCUGUGAAUCCGUUUUCAGCUCUCAAGUAGCAUCUACUUUUAAACAGUUGAAACAUGAUCAGCAAGUUGCAAAAAUGGAAAAACUAGCUGCUUUGGUAGAAGAGCUGGAAGCAGAUCAAUGCAGAGGGGUUCAAAACGAUUAGUAGCUGCUGGGGUUCACACCCUCUUCUGGUUGCCCUUGCCUAGAUGGGUACUUCUUGUACACAAGCAAGUUGCAAGACCAACAAAGGCCUUUGCUUACUGCUUUCAUAGCCAUCCUGAGUUUGACAGCUCCAUCGCUGAAUUGUUAA